GCCGGCUUAUAGAUAAACACACGAUUUUCAUAGGAUUGAAUACGUAGUUGAUUACCGAGACCCCAUACUAUAUAUAUGUAUAGUAUACCAGCUAUAUAACUGAGAGUCAGUGCGUUGCCCACACCAGUUUUCGGUGUUAUCGUCUCUGUCCCAAAGUUGCAAUGAAUAUCGUCAAGAAUUUCAUGGUACGUCAGGUGCUACCAGUGGCCCGCACAUCCCCGUUACAAGUCAGAUGUUACAGCAAGCCCGCACGUCCGAUCCUCUACACCACGGAGUUCAGUCCGGCUUGCCGAGCUGUCCUCCUUGCAGAAAAAGCAAGCGGCCUGGACUUGGAUAAACGAGAAGUUAAUUUGAUGAAAGGCGAGCAUUUAAAGGAGGAAUACCUAAAGCUUAACCCGCAGCAUACCGUUCCCACACUAGAUGACAAUGGCCACAUCAUUUGUGAUAGCCAUGCUAUCAAUUGUUACUUGAUUGACAAAUACGGGAAGGACGAUUCUCUCUACCCGAAGGAUCUUAAGGCACGAUCUCUUGUCAAUCAACGUCUGCAUUUUAACAGCGGGAUUCUCUUUGCAAGUCUGCGAGAAACAGUCAAAUUUCUGAUGCGUCCUGAAGUCAAAUCAAUUCCCAAAGAGCAACAAGCCAAGCUGAUGGGGAUGUCGGAGUUUUUAAAUAAAUUUUUGGACGGAAAAAAAUGGCUAGUCGGCGAUUCUUACACACUGGCAGAUAUCAGUUGUGUCGCAACAUUCAGCAGCAUAGAUCAUUUGAUUCCGAUGGAGCCAUAUCCCAACAUUGUACGCUGGCUUAAGGAUUGUGAGAAUGAGCUUCCAGGGUACGCAGAGGCGAAUGCUCCUGGAGUUGCUAUGUUGAAGGGAAUGUUUAAGUUAGGAUCCUGAUGGAACCUUUGAGGUUAAAAACCCAACAUUUUUAUUGUUAUAUUUGUGGAAAGAUUAUUUUUGGAAAAUUUUCACAUUGAGAUGGAGGAAAUUUUAUGGAACGCGAUCGACGAAUAGAUCGACGGCAAGAACUAUGAAUAAACUUUUUUAAUGGUUUUCCAA